GGGCCGCCGGCCGCUGCUGCGCCCCGCGCUGCCUGCGCCGCCUCCCGCGCUCUGCUCGCCGCCUCGCAGGACGGUGUGCGGCCGCCAGGGAUUAGCUACGCUCCGGACGCGGCCCGGCGCCCCGAAGGAGGUGGAGCGCGGUGCCAGGGGGCGGGAGGGGAGGGAGGGAAGGCAAGCUGCAGAGAAGCAGAAAGGAGGCGAGGCCGGGGAAAGAGGGAAACUACGCCCGACAACUAGGGAGGGGGCGAGAAAGAGAAGAAACCCACCCACCCACUCAGAAAAAGGAAAAGAGGAAAAAAAAUCUCGUGUGGCGCGCCGCCUGGUUAUCGGGCAGCCUCGCCAGCAGCAGGGGGUGGGAGCCGACGCUGCCGGAGAGCGAGCAGCCUGGCAGGCACGGACAUGGUGCUCCUGGCGCAGGGCGCUUGUUGCUCGAACCAGUGGCUGGCGGCGGUGCUUCUGAGCCUGUGCUCUUGCCUCCCGGCUGGGCAGAGCGUGGACUUCCCCUGGGCGGCCGUGGACAACAUGCUGGUGAGGAAAGGUGACACGGCGGUGCUCAGGUGUUACUUGGAAGACGGAGCAUCAAAGGGCGCCUGGCUCAACAGGUCAAGUAUCAUUUUUGCUGGAGGUGACAAGUGGUCAGUGGACCCUCGAGUUUCCAUUUCCACAUUGAAUAAAAGGGACUACAGCCUCCAGAUACAGAACGUUGAUGUGACAGAUGAUGGCCCGUACACCUGUUCUGUGCAGACCCAACACACACCACGGACGAUGCAGGUUCAUCUCACUGUGCAAGUUCCACCGAAAAUAUAUGACAUCUCAAAUGACAUGACCAUCAAUGAAGGAACCAACGUCACCCUUACUUGUUUGGCCACUGGGAAGCCAGAGCCCGCCAUUUCCUGGAGGCAUAUCUCCCCAUCAGCAAAACCAUUUGAAAAUGGACAAUAUUUGGACAUUUAUGGAAUUACAAGAGACCAGGCUGGGGAGUACGAAUGCAGUGCAGAGAACGAUGUAUCAUUCCCAGAUGUGAAGAAAGUGAGAGUGGUCGUGAACUUUGCGCCUACAAUUCAGGAAAUUAAAUCUGGCACAGUGACCCCUGGACGCAGUGGACUGAUAAGAUGUGAGGGUGCAGGUGUGCCGCCGCCAGCCUUCGAGUGGUACAAAGGAGAGAAGAGACUCUUCAAUGGCCAACAAGGAAUUAUCAUUCAGAAUUUUAGCACAAGAUCCAUCCUCACAGUGACCAACGUGACACAGGAGCACUUCGGCAACUAUACUUGUGUGGCUGCCAACAAGUUGGGCACAACCAACGCGAGCCUGCCCCUCAACCAAAUUAUUGAGCCUACUACCUCUAGUCCUGUCACAAGUCCAGGUCAGUAUCCACAUACAUUUACAAAGUAUGUCUGGGUACUUUUUCUAUCAAGCAAGAUUUCUGCAUUGUCACAGAAACACAGCCAGUUGCUUCUGGGCCACAGACAUGGAUGUGGCUCUGGUGUCUGUCACUUGUCUUGUCUCUCUGUGAUGUGGUCUCCCUCUGUGUCUUACGAGUGGUGUCUGACCAGGUUGCUGGAGUACAUCGUUACUUCUCAUGGGUUUGUGUCACACUCAAAGCAUUGCGAGCUGAUUAGCUACCCUCUGCCUUCAAAAACAGAGGUGUUGCAAAUUUACCGAAGUUUCUGAGUAGCUAUUUUAAAACUAUUUACUUUAGCUUGAUAUUACCUCAGUAUAGAAAUCAUUAUGAGGCAAGAGGACAUUUAAUGUUUCCACUCGGAGCCAUCUGGGGAAGGCGAGUUCUCCCACUCUCUGUAUUCCAGGAGGACGUUUGAUCUCUUGAAACUGUCAAGGCAAAGGACUGACUUCAGACAUUAGGCUUUAUUUCCAGAUUGUUCUCAGUUCCACUGCAGACAUUCAUCUGGAAAGAGUGUUUUUAAGAGUUGUUUUCAACUGGGAAUAUUUCUGAAUAUCUCUCUCUCUCUCUCUCUCUCUCUCUCUCUCUCUCUCUCACACACACACACACACACACACACACACACACACAAAUCAAGAUAAAUGCUACUGAUAUGAGAAACAACCUUUAUCUUGUUACAUAGAGAUUUAGUGCCUUAUUCUGAACAUUGGCUGCUGGGUAUUUAAAGAAGGUCAAACUUUCUGAAGCCAUUAGCUUUGAAAAACUCACAUGGACUUCUAUAACCACUGAGUUAAAGGGUUUUGGAUGUCGCCUACCAGGAGGAGGUAUAAGUUAGUUAAAUAGUUGUUUGUUUCUUGUUCCAUAAAUGGCACUAAAUUUUAGUCUAAAAUGAGAUUUGCUGAUCUGAGAAACUGAGAGGUUUAGAAAGGGAAAAAAAUGUAUCUCAAAUUGUAAUCAAUCAAAAAUGCUUUAAAUUGGCUUGGGUGAUUAUGAAUGCCCCACCCCCACAGUGAGAUGAGCUAGAUCAGGCUUAUGAUUAAGUAUUUAAAGAGUCUCAUAGUGCAACACUUUCUGCUCAAAUUACAGGAUUCAUUUUUGUAACCUCUCGAAAUGAGGCAUAUUUGGAUAGACUGUCUAAAACUAUUUUACCACGGGUGUAGGCAGAGUUUACAUGACACUAUUAAUUGCAGUAUUCUGUUUUGGAUGGGACAAAAAAAACCCUCAAGUUUGAGCUUAAUAUUAGAGUAAAUCAGAACCUGACUGUGCUAUUAAUUUAUAACAACUUAUAAAAGAUAUGAUUCCCACGGUACUUGUGAUCACCCAAGGCAUGUACCUGAGUAUAUGAGGUCUUAGGAUUAAUUGUAUGCAUAUACAUUUUUGAUCUUAUUUUAUCUGUCAAUUCUAAAAGAUAUCAAGUAAUUUCCAUAUAUUUUAGCCAGCUAGUGUGUAAAUAAAAUAUAUACUUGCUUUCUCCUUUAGCCAUGAUCUCAUUUCUUAGAUAAAGCCUUGCUAAUUUUAAAAGUUAAAGUACUUUUCUCAAUUAAACAAAGAGUGGGGGUGCACACCAUUUUUAAAAGUAAUGCCUAGUGGCAUCUAAGCACAUACUCACUUUCUGUCUGGAGUAGAAAUUAUGUAAGCCAAAUGAACCAAGAGUCACUCUCAACAGACACUCUUCAAUCACAACCUCUGCCGCAGAAGGGACAGCUAUAAAGCAAACAAGGAAAUUGUUUUUAAUCUUUAAAAAGACUUCUAUCUUUCCAUAUAAUGCUGAAAAACAUCUCAUCUCAACCAGCUACCUUGGUUUGAGCCAUUGCUGUAAAACUGAAUUCUUCUACUGUGUGACCUUUGAAAGUAUAAUGUAAGCAAUUUUAGAAAAAAAAUCAUUAUAGAGAAAGUUAAUAAAUAUGUGUUGAAUUGAAUUGAAUUAAUGAACUGAAGAACACAGAACAAGCACAGCUAUCAAUGAAACUUGGCUUCCAUUAAUUGUACCUUUAUUAAAGACUUCCCAGGACAAAUGUGGUUGGACAAGUAUUCAAAAAGUAUGUAGUUUAAGCAAGAUUGGCAGGGCAAUAAAGAAUAAACAAAUGAUCUUAAAAGUGUGGGCACAUGCUGAAUAGAGUAUCAAGAAGAGUUGGCAAUACAUCACACUAAGUAAAAGUCCAUUCAAGGUUAAUACAAAUGAAUCCAAAGUUGAGAGUCCCAGCUGUCAGAAACAAGCCUUAAGAAAAUACCAUUCAAAGAACAAUAGACGGUGAAAAUUCUCACUAAAGCAUUCAGCAGAAAUAUCCAAUUUUCUGCUUCUACAUAAGCAGAGAAGAGAAUAGAUUCAGAACUGAAGCAGAUCUCAUAAUUCCUGAUAUUGCGGCAAGAGAGUUAAAGAGGAGAUAAAGUAGACGCCGUUGCAGGAACACUGGGCGCACUGAGGAUGGACUGGAGAGAACAGAUUUAUAUCGGUCAUGUUGGAGCGUUCUAAAGAAAUGAAGGUCUCAAAGUCAUAACUUAUAUUUUUAUACAUUCUUGAAAAGUCAAAAUGUGUCACAAUUGAAGGGAGUGAAAGCUGAAUUAUUAACGCCAUUGUUCAAGAAAAGGCCACAAAAGAUAGGAUGCAAGAAGAACAAAAGAAACUCUUUGAUCCACCUCAGCCUCAGCGUCGGAGAGGGAAAGGCCAUUUUUCAUGAUGAGGGAGACGUGUGGCGAAUUUGAGAAUUCAGUCUCCUUUUAUGAUAAUUGCCUGGCUGGGAUGUGUUAUUCUGGGUAAUGGUCCCGGGCUAAAGCAUGGCCGUCAUUAGGGAGAGGAAAGUGGUGUGCUAUUCAAAUACAUAUACCAUUUCUAUUUAACUUUUUUUUAAAGCAAACACAAUUUUGUGAUUAUCUUUGAAGUAUAUUUUAGUAGUAGAGAUUUAUUUUUUUUAAAAGAAGGGAAGGGUGGAGUACUUCGAAUAGAUGAGCUACUGUCACUAAUGCUGGGCUGGGCUUGUUGGACCUGAAUAUCUUAGCCCCACACUGCCGCCAUCUGCUGGGACUUGAAAUCUGACAGGUUAAGACUGAAGUUCCCAAUCCAGGAACCAACUCACCAUGAGCUCUUCAUUCUGAUCUUAAACUCACUGGCCACUUCUGUACAGCCUCAUGGGGACCCUUAAACAAUUAAAUUCCAAUCAAUCCAGCAUUCACUUGGCUUUGUCUAUUUCUCAGAAUAAACAUUCAUCCAGGUAAUCACUUAGAUGAUAAACAAAGAACAAAGUAGGGUUUGUUCAAGGCACCAGUGAUGCCCUACAUGAAACUAUCUUCUCUUAGCCCUGAAAAUAACUUAGCAAUAAUCAAAUGAGUAUCAUUAUUAUGAAAAUCACUUCAUUGUUAAGUGCAUGCCAUUGAUAAUAAAAUGAACUUACUUAUCCUUAGAUAACUAACAAAGUGUUAAAAAAAAUUUCCAUACAUUAAUCAGCUACUUGGUAUUUUUAACAACACAGAACCUCCUACUACCUUUGUAAAGUGUCAAUAUUUUAAAAUGACUAUCAUUAAGCUUAAUGUAUUUAGGUAUGUCAAUAUGACUAUAUGUCCAUUAAGGAAAGCUAGUUCCAUAUGACAC